AUGUCUGAGGAAAAUCAACACCUACCAACAAGCAAUCCCAGUCAAGCAGAUAGCGCAAAGCUGCCUCCAGUCGUCACUCCCUCUCAGCUACAUGACCAGGCGGAGAUGUUGCAUCAAGCACCUGUGGAGCACAACUUUGGCUCACAUGCAGACACAGCUACAUCUGGGACCGUUCCGACGGAUGACUUCAGCUUCAAUAUCAUGAGAUUCUCUGAUGGUCUCGUCAAUACGACACCUUCUUUGACUUCCGAUUUGAGCCAACUAGACGCCGACUUGGACUGCCUCACUUCCCCACUUCUCACUGCGUACAGUAACUUCUCAAGUUCAUCCAAGAGAAGACGUACAGGUCUUGAUGGCUGGUCUACACCUUUGUCACCUGGAGAAUCGGCUUUACAGACUGUCCGAACAGCCUUGACCGCGUUCAAGGAUCAUCAUAAGGACAAACCUCUGGCCAGAGGUCCAAUCACUUUGGCGAUGCAACAGAAAGAUUUCGCGUUUGAUAUUGACGAUGGUUCUGGUGGUGAUUAUCAGGGUUUCUCCAUUGAGAGAGGUAGGAAACGUUCACAUCCUAAUAACUUUCCAGCGAUUUCGACGGUCACUGUACCGUCUACCGAUAGGGUUACUUCAGAUGAAGAUUCAUUGGAGAUGGCACCACCCGCUCGUCGAUCCGGAAUUGAGGCUACAGGAUCGAAAUCAUGCAGUAGUUGUACAGAAUCGAACAAGAAAUGUACGACUUUCGUGAGCACAAGGGUAGAUGGUAGUGUCUACUAUGCCAAAUGUGGAGAAUGCCACAAUCGCAGAUCAAAGUGUUCCCUUGCGACUAGAGAACACCUUCAGCCAUACAAGGGCGAUAUGACCUUGAUCGAAGAUUUUUUGGGAGGGUGGGUCAAGUCCACAAGAGCCAGGAGGGUGUACGAAUCCCUUAAGGAGAAGAGACAGGCAAGAGAGAAGUAUCUGGCCAGCAGGUCAAAGACGGCCAGACCCGAAGAAGCAGCAACGGUCACGGAAGACAACCCGAUUGGUAUUUCGGCUAGAAGAGAUGCGUUUGGUCAGUCACUCCGACGUAGAAAUAGAUCUUGA